UGUCUACCAGGGAUCCACCAGAAAUCCCGGCGUUGCUGUCUCCAGCCCAUUCCCAGCUUGCAUUGUGAUUACAUUUUGGCCACGUCCCUGGGCCACGUCGCUCUUCACGCCAUAUUUUAACUAGCUAGCUAACUUAACAAGGCCCUAGGAAACGUAGUCAGUCGGCUUGCACAGGCAAGGUGGAAAGGUUUGUCUGCACUGAACGAACGCUUUUAUAUGCGUCCUUGAUCGUCGCCCCUCGGAAGAUCGGUCCCUGCUUGCGUCCAUUACAGCCAUGAACAUUUUCAGGCUCACCGGGGAUCUCUCUCAUUUAGCAGCCAUUAUUAUUCUGCUGCUGAAAAUAUGGAAAACAAGGUCUUGUGCCGGUAUCUCUGGGAAAAGCCAGAUACUCUUCGCCUUAGUCUUUACUACCCGCUAUCUGGACCUCAUCACCGCCUUCAUUUCCCUCUAUAACACCUCCAUGAAGGUCAUCUACAUCGGUUGCGCAUACGCCACCGUCUACCUGAUCUACGUCAAGUUCAAAGCCACCUACGACGGCAACCAUGACACAUUCAGGGCGGAGUUCCUGGUGGUGCCUGUCGGUGGGCUGGCCUUCCUGGUUAACCACGACUUUGCUCCACUGGAGAUCCUGUGGACGUUCUCCAUCUACCUAGAGUCGGUGUCCAUCCUGCCACAGCUGUUCAUGAUCAGCAAGACGGGCGAGGCGGAGACCAUCACCACGCACUACCUGUUCUUCCUGGGUCUGUACCGCGCCCUCUACCUCAUCAACUGGAUCUGGCGCUUCUACUUCGAGGGCUUCCUCGACCUGAUCGCCAUCGUGGCCGGUGUGGUCCAGACCAUCCUCUACUGCGACUUCUUCUACCUUUACGUCACCAAAGUUCUGAAAGGGAAGAAGCUCAGCCUGCCUGCGUAAAGUGCCAAUGACCAGUGGCAACGCCCCCGCAGCCUCCAUUGGCUACGCCCGACAUCGUGGCCGCCAAUUGAGUGCAAGAUGCCUGAGACGGAGUGUGAAGGGGAACACAGCUUUUUAAUUUUUUUUAUUUUAUUUUUUGUAUUUUAGAUUUUGGUACCUCCUGAUCAUCGUCUGCAAAAAAACGAAGUCCCCAAAAAACAAAAUGGGCAUCUUAGAGCCCCAUGCGGCCUGAAAAUCUUGGUUUCACGCAUCUUGCCUUAGCGCCAUUUUUGUAUUUGCUGUUGAAAGGAAAAAAAUGUUUUCUACAUGUGAGGUGUAAUAAUAUCUUAAACAUGUAUUUUGCUAAAUAGUUGUUGACAUGAUGCCAAUCGUCGAAACCUCAGAAAAGGUGUUUCUGAGAACAUUUGCGAUCCCAAUGUUUUUAAAGUAAUAUUUUCAGAAUGCCCGUGCUCCUAUAGCUGAAGAGAAAGAAAGACAUAAUCUGGCAUAAAUUAGUGCAUUAGUUUCAGGCUCCUGAUUGGAUAAGCUGCUAAUGGAUGGUCCAGUUUACUUUGCUCUUGGGGAGUGACUGGGCCGUAGAGCUAGGAACUAGACAGGUGUAGAGAUUGCAGCCCCUCUACAAAUGUUUUUGAUUUGAGAUGUUUUUACCCAGAGGUCAGCACUGAGACUCCACUCCCGCUGUUUGUGAAGUCAGGCAUCCCCAGUUGAAGUUGCUGAGUUGAAAUGCAGGGUUUUGUAUCAAUGCCUUAGGUGAGUUACAAUGCUGUACAUAGCUUUUUAUUUUCAGGAAGCCGACAUGAAAAGGCAGGCUCUUGUCCAUCAGCCGAUUCCACCUUUGAUCUGGUGAUGCAAAGACCAUGGAGCGCAUUUGGCACAUCCUGAUUGGCUCCAGCCCAGUCUCCCAAAUCACAUGCGCCCAAUUAUGUUACUCAAUUGUGGGAUUUGGCAUGAUUAGACCCAGUUGAAGUCUGUGAAAUAUCCCCAUGCUGGUAUAAGUAAGCACACAGACUACCAACACUGUUCUUACAAUACAAAUGCAGUAAUUUAUCAUUAAAUUAAAAGAAGAAAAUGAGAGAAAAUGUCCAUAGAAUUGUACAUGAUGUGCAUAUUAUUGAGCUCACACACGGUAACUUUUUGUAAUCUUGUGUGACCUGGUUUUCUGUUGGUAGAAUAAUAGUUAUGUACACAGGUAUUUUGUUUUCCCUUUUCUUCCCCUUUCUGUUGUCUCCCCGUGGGUCAUCGUUUUAAUUUGUUUUGCAUGUUGCCCUGUGACUCCACCUCCAGUAAAGAUUUUAUGGGAAAUGAGUGUGGUUUUGACUUACUGCUGAUGCCUUUAUAUAUGUAAAACAUUUUGUUAGUGGAGAUUGAUUGUGUGGCCUGAAUGUGCAUUUGGGAACUGAAGCCAAAAAUUUUGUUUAACUAAUUCCAUAAUCUUUACCCAUGAUCCAGUCCCGAUCCAACUGGGAGUAAUUCCACAACUUCACAGAUACUGGUUUGGGACCCACUGCAUCAUGGGAUUUUAAAAUUGGAUAAGGAUCAAGACCCCUAGGACUUUAUAACAUGUUGAAUUGGAAGGAUGGUGGAGGAAAUGACCAGAUUAAUUGUGUAUUACAAAACAAUGUAAAAUUGUGUCUGCAAGCUGUAGUCCAUCCAGAACUUAAUGAACAUGUGUUGUCUAAACAAUCUUAAUACAUGAAUGUUUGCAUUCAUUUUUAAGCAAAAUGUCUGUUUAGUGGUAUUAAGGGAAAGUGUUUCCGUACAAAUUCAUUAAAUUGCUCAGUCGGGCAAGUUGAUGUGAAACCUACUUGAUAAAUAUUCAGGAGGAAGCACUAUA